AAACACGUCCGUCAUGGAUCCAUGCAGGACUUGACAACCCAACGCCAGUGGCAAUGGACUGUUUCUACUUUCACCCAUCUACCAGUGAACAUGAUGAUAUUUGUAUUGGCAGUGUUUCUUCAAGCAUACUUGUGUUUAGAGGGUACGAAAGGUACGAAUGGAUGUACCGGAUCUACAGGACCUGACUGUAAGACUACCUGCAGCAAGUACUGUGUAGACCGUAGAUGCCAGCUACUGCCGAGCGGGAGCACCAACUGCACGUUAGGGUGUACUGCCGGUCGUCACGGAACGUCAUGCACACUGGAAUGUUCCCACACCUGCCACCAUUGCCAGCGAUAUGACGGUGAUGUGUGCAGAGACCCACCGUCAACUGAUGACCCAAAAGAUACUGGCCAGGAUGGCUCACUGAACUCGAGGAAGCUAGUCAUUAUAAUCAUGUCUCUGGUUGUGUUUGCUGGAAUGUGUGUUGUUAUCAUCUUCCUGCUUGUAUACCGAAACUGUGGAGCAAGAAGACCCCUCCUGCAGAAAGUGGAGAGGAAGAACGCAGUAAACGGGUUCACAGAAAACUCCCUCCCCUACCACCUCGCCAGUGUGGCAAGGUAAGGGACAGUGUCCCACACGACUACCAUGAGGUGGAGGAAGCAAGAACAGAGACGUCGAAUAAAGGUGAUCAAGCAGACCAUGUUUAUGAUCUCGACUUCCCAGAACAAUCCUCUGACAGAAGCCCAGUUUCCAUGACUCAUAUACAGAUGAAUGUUCUUGCUUCCCCGAAGAGAAAUACAGACAUACAAACCCAAACCGGAAGCGCAGAUUGACAUAUAAGGAGCAUGGACAGUGUAACGACAGAUCACUUAUCAGCCGGUGAUUGUCAGAGUGGAGCAGCUAAACAGAUACAUUGUGCAUUUAAUGAUAAACGCAUAAAACUUUGAACAAUUAUUGACUGAUGUAUAGUGAGUAUUUUCAGAUUUGGAGGCAUUCAACAUAAUUUCAUUUUGCGCAUGCGCAGAAGGUUUUGUUUAUUGUUAACGUCGCACUCAGCAAUAAUUCUGUUUCCUCCUGCUAUAUGGCGGCGGCCUGUACAUGAGUUGACUCUGAACCAGACAAUCAAAGUAAUGUAUGAUGAGCAUAGAUUUCUUCAAUAUACAAUGACAUACGGUAUAUGGUCAUAAAUCUGUGAGUCAUCAAAGUGGCUGCCGACGAUGACCAACCGUGGACGUAUGAAAACUUUUGGGGUCUGUUUUCUAUAUAAUCCUGCUCAAAGGGAAACGUUGGAGAUAUUUACUCACACCUGACUGGGAUAUUUCAAGUAUGUCAGCAAUAUAUCUUUGAGAGUUAACAUCUGAAUAAAUAUUUAUAAUGGUAUUUUUCUG